ACACUGCUCAGUAUUCCACAUAGUCGAAGAAACAAAGUGGCUCAGCAGAGACAACCAGAAGAUGUCCUUCAUAAGAGUAAAUGCAGCUUCUGACUUUUCCUACCAGAAUCUUCCAUAUGGGGUGUUCUCCACUUCUGACAAUCCCAGACAUCGCAUCGGUGUUGCAAUUGGAGACCAAAUCCUUGACCUCAGUGUGAUAAGAUCUCUGUUUAUAGGACCUGUAAUGUCCAAACACUGCCAUGUUUUUGACCAGCCUACACUAAACGCUUUCAUGAGUCUUGGUUAUGGAGCCUGGAGUGAGGCGCGGAGGACGCUGCAAAAUCUUCUGUCAGACAAUGAGAGUAGUCUGAGAGAUAAUGUCAGUCUUCGGAGCAGGGCAUUUGUCAGUCAGAGUGAAGCCGUGAUGCACCUUCCUGCAGAUGUUGGCGAUUACACCGAUUUCUACUCCUCCAGGGAUCACGCCACUAAUGUCGGCAUCAUGUUUCGAGGAAAGGAGAACGCUUUGAUGCCAAACUGGUUGAGGCUUCCAGUGGGAUACCAUGGCAGAGCGUCAUCACUGGUUGUGUCUGGAACCCCGAUUCGCCGCCCGUGUGGCCAGAUGAGGCCUGAUCAAACGAAACCUCCAAUCUUUGGCCCUUCCAAGCAACUGGACCUUGAGCUUGAGAUGGCAUUCUUUGUUGGUGGAGAAAGUCAGCUGGGGGAGCCUAUUCCCAUUAACAAAGCCCAUGAACAUAUCUUUGGGAUGGUACUUAUGAAUGACUGGAGCGCGAGAGAUAUUCAAGCUUGGGAGUAUGUUCCACUUGGACCUUUCCUGGGAAAGAAUUUUGGGACGACAAUCUCACCCUGGGUUGUGCCAAUGGAAGCACUUUUACCUUUUGCAGAGUCUAAUCCCUUGCAGGAUCCCCCACCUCUCCCAUACCUACAACAUGAAGAUGCGUAUACCUUCAACAUUAACCUGUUUGUCUCACUCAAGGGUCAGAACAUGACUGAGGCAGUAAACAUCUGCAGUUCAAAUUUCAAAUACAUGUACUGGACAAUGAAGCAACAGCUCACCCAUCACACAAGUAAUGGCUGCAAUGUCAGACCAGGAGACUUACUGGCUUCCGGUACCAUCAGUGGGCCCAACCCUGGCAGUUUUGGUUCCAUGCUGGAGCUGUCUUGGAGAGGGUCAAAGAGUAUUGACAUUGGAGGAGGAGAAACUAGAACAUUCUUGAAUGAUGGAGAUGAGAUCACAAUCACAGGUUACGGUGAAAGAGAUGGAUACAGGGUGGGGUUCGGACUCUGCAAAGGAACCAUCCUGCCAGCCCUAAAUCACUGAAACCAACAGUUAUUGCUGAAGUCAUCAUUUCAUGGAAUAACUAUAUAUAUGAAAGCCUGAGUAAACAACAUUAUUUGUUUUUGUAUCCCUUGCUCAAUAAAAACCAGUUCACCGUA